AUGCCGAAGGGCACAGUGAAGCGCAAGGCGACACCGUCGUCGUUGCGCAAAAAAAAGGCCCAGCAGCGCAUUCGCAAGCAAAUACGCACCAAACUGCAGAAGAAGAAGCCAAACUGGAGGACGGCGCUUGUGAAGGUGUACAUGGGCGGGGCCAACGGGCUGAAGGACAAGAGGGAUAGCCGCAAGCGCCCCCGCAGCGGUGAUAGCGACGAUGCCGAGGAGAACACCUUCAGUUUCAAGCGUGACGGCCAGGACGAGGACGGCGAGGUGCAAAGCGAUGUCGAUGAAGAAAAGGAGGAGCGGCUGAAUCAGCGCGACCCGCUCGAAACGCAGCUGUUUCUCAAGAACCUGCCGCUCGAUACGAGUGAAGAGGAGCUGAUGACGUACUUCAAGACCCACUUUAGCCCUGUCAAGCGAGUGCUGCUGAUGCGCAACCGCGUGAGCAAGACGCUCUCUGGUACCGGCUUCGUACACUGCGGCUCUGCUGAGCUGGCGGGGAAGAUCUUCGAUUACGCUCAGCAGAACGCGCGAGAGGUGUCGGCGGUAGGACGAGAUGAGAUGAAGGCGCAGACCGAGGGCCUCUCUCAUCACCAGGCGAAGCGGCUCGUGCACAAGAUGCACACUGACUCCUUCGUUGUCCGUGAUCCGUUCUUCAUGAUGCGCGACACGAAGUUUACUGUGCUGCGCGUGCUGUCGAGAUCUGACACCCAGGAGGCGGUGAGUGCCCAGCAAAAGAAGAAGAGACGCACCAAGGUGGCAGCGGACGAUCCGCGCAACUUGUACCUCUUGCAGGAGGGUCUGGUGCUGCCAGAUUCCGCUGCAGCGAAGGGUCUGCACCCGCGCUACCUGCAAAUGAUUUCGGACGACUACGCCGCACGUAAGCAGCAGCUGACCAACAGCAACUUUUUUGUUAGCAAGACGCGUCUCAGUGUGCGCAAUCUGCCACGCACCAUGACAGAGAAUGACAUGCGCCGCCUCUUUGCUGAGCAGGCGCGCACCUAUCUGAAGAAGCACCCAGAGGACAUAGAAAAGGGCAAGUGGGGUAAGUACGGCCCCAUCCGCAAUGUGAAGCUGCUCAAGGACACGGCUGGUGUGUCGCGCGGGUACGGCUUCAUUGAGUUCGUGAAUCACAACGUCGCCCUCAACACCCUCCGCAUGCUCAAUAACAACCCCACAGUUUUUGGCGAUCAGCGGCGGCUUAUGGUCUCCUUCGCCAUCGAGAACACGUGUGCAUUACAGAAGCUCCAGCGCAUGAAGGAGCUGAAGCACGCACGCUUGGCUCGCGGGCCGAGCGACGGCCGCGCUCUUGCCGUGCCGCUCAAGGCAAAGAGGAGCAGUUAG